AUGACUUUUAAAGUUGGGGCGUUAGAAGUUGAAUUGCUAAUUGGAAAAAUACAGGAAGUUCGGGCAGACAUCAUCGUAUCGAAUGGACCAGCUGAUUUGCUUCUCAGAAACGGCGUCAUUUCAAAGCAUAUAGUCAACGCAGCAGGGGAAGAGUUGCAAGAAGAACUAAACCGAAAGUAUGGCAAGGGAAUUAAAACUGGAGAAAUAGCGGUGUCUGAGGGAUACAAUCUUUGUUGUGAAUUUGUUUUUCACAUAACUCUUCCUAAAUGGAGAACCUCAUCACAUAAUCCGAAAAAGAUAUUGGAAAAUUAUGUGAUGAAGUGCUUGGAAAAGGCUUCAGAGAUGCAGGCCAGCACAAUUGCAUUUCCUGUGCUCGGCACUGGUUCUCUUGGAUAUCCAAGUUCUGAUUCUACAGCAGCUAUUGUCCAGAACAUCAUUGACUUUGCAGCCAAGAAUCCUAGGUCCACUUUGGAAAAAGUCAUCAUUGUCAUUUUUGACGGAAACUCAAGUUCUUCAAAAUUAGAAUCAGAAUUAGAACAAUUGUUACAGCAAGAACAAGAUUAUUUUCCGAAAUGGUAUGGAGACUUUGAUGUACAUAUCGUUACUGGAAAUCUUUCAGAAGUAAAAGCUGAUGUUCUAGUAUGUAAUGGAUCAAAUGAUUUGAGAUUACAAAAUGGAGGGUUGGCAGAGGCCAUGAUGAAGGCUGCUGGAAAGGAAAUCCAGGACGAAUGUGAGGAUAAAUACCCGAACGGAAUUCAGGAUGGCGAAGUGGCGGUAACAGAAGGAUAUAGACUUCCAUGUAGAUGGGUGUUUCACACUACUCUACCGAAAUGGGGUGAACCUUCUCAAAACCCAAUUAACAUCUUGAAGACAACAAUUUGGAACUGCUUAAAAGUGGCGCGUGAAAAGAGAGCAAACUCUAUUGCAUUCCCCACUUUGGGCAUUGGAAAUCUUAACUAUCCUAUUGAAAAAGUUAUACAAUCCACAGUGUAUUAUCUAAGAAAAUGGGCAACAAGUAAAUAUUCACAUUCAACUAUAAAGAAAAUAAUUGUCGUCAUAUACAGAGGGCAUAGCCAAUGCAAGGAGACUCGAGCGAAACUGCUAAAGGAGCUAAAUUGCCACCAAGGUACAUCAGCUAGUGUCUUCACUGAGCGUAUAUGUAGCCUUUCAGUUGAGAUCAUAGUGGGAAACCUUCUGGAACAACAGGUCGAUGUGCUCGUGAACACAUCCACAAGUAAUCUGAAACCAACUGCAAAUACAGCUGUAGCAUCUGCUAUUUUGAAAGCAGCUGGCGAAGGAAUGGCAACAGAAAUUUCAAAUAAGCUUACGACAGAAUUAAAUUAUGGUGAUUGUGUUAUUACUGGUGGACAUCAAUUGAAGUGUAAACAAGUAUAUCAUGGUUACCUUCCCGGCUGGUAUUCCAGGUUGAAUCAAAGUCAAACUCCAAGCAAUGUGUUGGAAAAUUUUGUAUACAACUGUCUUAAACAUGCACACGAAACAAAAACCAUACUUUCCAUUGCACUUCCUGCAAUUGGAACAGGUUCGGUGAAAUUCCCAAUCAAAGAAGCAGUUGAAAGCAUUGUUUAUGGGAUUGACGCAUUUGCAAAGAAAUUUAGGGACUCCAAUCUGAAAAAGAUUUUGGUUGUUCUAGACUCUAAAAAUAAAGACUUGCUAACAUUGAAGAAUGUAAGUAUCCCUUAA